ACAAAUAUUCUACAAACAGUGGGUAACUUUUAGCUAGUGGGUGCUAUCAAGUAAACGAGUGAGCGACAACAGUGCGUAAUUUGCAGCCCGGCUCUCGGUUCGGUCGGCAACGGCUUCAGUUAGCGACAGACGUUUGCCAGUGAUAUCAGUAUUCAGUACUCAAUAGAAGCACGAAUAUCUUUUUUUUUCAAUAAAUAUACACUGCACAUUACUAGUGUCAUCCACUCGGAAGUUAAGGACAGAAAUCGGCCAGUUUAAAUAUGGCAAUGGAAGUAGGUACAUCACCAACUGCACUGUCCCAGUUGCAGUCAGUUCAAAAGGUCAUGGCAAUGCCCACAGUGGGUGCGGCGGUGGGUCAAGUUGGAGCAUUCUAUACUAAAGUUAAGGGUGCCCACUCGUUGUUAGAAUGGGCAUUAUCAACUGCAGAAGCCAGCGUAUCCCUGGCUGCGGCGACUGCAGCGCCAUACGUGGCCAGCCCCCUGGCCGCUGGAGAUGCUAAGAUGGCCGCGGUCAUUGACGAACUCGGCCGUCGCGUGCCCAUUGUUAACGAACAGCCCAAGGUCAUCGUGGAGACAACUAAACAAGCUGUUAUUGCGAAGAUAUCGCCGCAUGUUAAUAAGGUGUUUGUUGCGCGUGCAGCGGCGGAGCAGCGCGUGCAUUCACUGAAGGAGCUGUCGUGGGCGAAGGCGAACGCGCUGUUGAGUACGGCGUAUGGUCAGCGCGCGCUGCACGGCGUCGACGCCGGCGCAUGCUACGCCAUGAAGCUGCUCGACCAGUACCUGCCGCCUGUUGAACCUCAGCCAGACCACACCGGUCAGUCAUUACCUUACACGACAUGUGAUAUAGUGGAGGCGGAGCGCGACCCCGCGCUGCACACAGUGCAGACAGUGGGGCGGCUGAGCGCGGUGGCGGCGCGGCGUGUCUGGGCCAACCUCGCAGCACGCGUCAACCAUCUCAGAGCUAACGGUGUAGAAUUAGACGUGCGUCGUUACAUAACCGCAUUACUAGCGGCGGUUCACCUCGCCACUGUCACCAGCGAGCAGCAGCAGCAGGAGCGCGACACAGACACAGAGCAACCCCGCCCCGCACACCCCGCGCCCACAACACACGCCCACCCCGCGCCCACCUCACACACAGCGCCCACCUCGCCCACCUCGCCCACAACCGCCACUAAACUUAAAUCUACACCUGAAGCUAAGUCCACUAAACCAGAGGACUCGGAACUAUAAUUUCUUUUUUUUUAUACUGUCUCACAGUCACUAAGGGACUGUUUAACUCUGUGUGGUAGUAUAUAUGUGUAAGGUAAUUAAGUACACCACAAAGAACAUACUAAUACUUGUAUGUACGUUGUUUUGGUGUUUAUAUUAUAAGGGAACAAAUAUAAUCGCAUAUUUAUAUAAUAAAAUGUACUGAAAUUAUAUUUAUAAUAAAAGUCUGUCUUUUGGAAUUAAUGUUGAAAUGAAUGUUUUUGCGAAACAUU